UAGGUAAGAAUUUCACUUUCAUAGGACAUUGUUUCCUGCUCCAAAAUCCAAACAUCCAUUAACAACCACACGUUGUCUUGCAUACCAUUUAUGGCUCUCUCUUUCUUCUCUUUCCUGUUCUUUUUCACUUGCUUCUCAAUACUGCAAGUACCAUUCUUUUCCACAGCAACACUCCACAAAGCAGCUCUCUUUAGACCAAAAAUCACCACUCAGCUAGACUUUAUAUCCAAGAAUGACACUCCCACGACCUAUUUUGAAGUCACUAAGCCUAUAAAGUUACCAAAAACCAAAUCUUGCUCCUACUUAGUCCUCAAACAUGACUUUGCUUCCACAUAUGAGAAACCACCAGUCCAAGCAAAUUACACACCUCCUUCAAAUUGCUCAUCUCAAAAGUUUUCCAAGAUUGUUCUUGAAUGGAAAGCAAAGAGUAAAGGAAGGCAAUUUGAUCGAAUUUUCGGGAUUUGGCUGGGUGGGGUUGAGAUUUUAAGGAGUUGCACGGCAGAGCCAAGGCCUAAUGGGAUUAUUUGGACUGUCAAGAAGGACAUUACUAGGUAUUAUUCUUUGCUCAUGACCAAUCAAACUCUUUCUGUUUAUAUUGGUAACAUCGUUGAUAGUAAAUAUACUGGGGUGUAUCAUGUGGAAUUUUUUUUCCAUUUCUAUCCUGCUGAUAAAGAACUGAUUUUGGGUAAUUCUGGGGCUGAUUUAAUCUUACCCAUUUCAAGAAAUCUGCCAUUAAAUGAUGGUUUGUGGUUUGAGAUUGAGAAUUCUACAGAUGUACAGUCAAAGGAGUUCAAAAUCCCACAAAAUGCAUACAGGGCUGUACUGGAAAUUUAUGUUUCCUUCCAUGAGAAUGAUGAAUUUUGGUAUGGAAAUUUGCCUAAUGAUUAUAUUACCGCAAAUAAUCGGACAGACAUCGCGGGGAAUGGUGCUUUUAGGGAGGUUUUAGUAAGUUUGGAUGGUGAUGUAAUUGGUGCAAUUUGGCCUUUUACUGUGAUAUAUACUGGAGGUAUCAAUCCCCUAUUGUGGAGACCAAUCAGUGGAAUUGGCUCAUUUGAUCUUCCUUCAUAUGACAUUGAAAUUACACCGUUGUUAGGAAAGAUUUUAGAUGGAAGUUCUCAUAAUUUUUCAUUCAGUGUCACAAAUGCUUUGAAUGUGUGGUAUGUCGAUGCAAAUUUGCAUCUUUGGUUGGAUAAAAAGAGUGUAAAAACAGAGGGAAAGUUGUUGGAGUAUAGUAGUUCGCCCCUUUCAUUUUCUCUCGCGAGCAAUUUUACUGGCCUUGAUGGAUCCUUUGCCACAAAUGCUCAUAGGUCGAUCUCAUUAACUGGAUGGGUAAAAUCAUCUUAUGGAACAGUGACUACAAAUUCAUCUCAAAGUUUAAGUUAUAAUAACAACAUUAUGAUGGGAAAUGACGCGAACUUGCAAAUUGUUGAUCAGAAAGUUGACUUUAAUGACACGGUUUAUGCAAAGACGCGGUCUUUUCCUGUUCAGGUUCUUGAAUCCUUCAAGAAGUUUCGGUUUCACUUGUACUCAGAUGGUGUUGAGAUAGGAGAUCAAAGCUAUGCUUCUAUCUCGAAUGUGACUUUGAUAUUCAAUGAAAAGAGGUUGAAGAGGUCGAAGUACGGAUCCUCAGCCAGCUCGGUUCACAAUCUACAGAAAGCGCAGGGAUAUAUGUUUUUAAAGGACCAGUCGAUAGACAGUGGACUUGGGAGCACACAACAAACGUAUAAAUAUGACGACGAUUAUUCAGGCUGCUACUUCAGGAACAUAAGCAGCUCAAAUUACACAGUGCUUUAUGACAAGGUGCUCAAUAGUUGCAGCAAAUUGAGCACUUAAAGAACUCACGCAAAUGCACUGAUUCUGCAGUGCGCUUUUUUCAUUCUAGCAUUUGUUAAAGCUUUGGCUUUGUGGUAUAAAAGAGAGCCUCAAAUAAUUGCACAA